AUGGCUGCCAAACUGUUUGAGACCGUCGGCAAACUCGGCCUGGGCCUGGCUAUUGCUGGCGGGGUUGUCAACUCUGCUCUUUAUACUGUGGACGCUGGCCACAGGGCUGUCAUUUUCGACCGAUUCCGGGGCGUUCAGGACAUAGUGGUGGGCGAAGGCACCCAUUUCCUCAUUCCCUGGGUGCAGAGGCCUAUCAUCUUCGACUGCCGCUCUCGCCCCCGCAACCUCCCCGUCAUCACGGGCAGCAAAGAUCUACAGAAUGUGAACAUCACACUGCGGAUCCUGUUCAGGCCGGUGGCCAUGCAGCUUCCCCGGAUUUACACCAGCAUUGGAGAAGAUUACGAUGAACGGGUGUUGCCAUCCAUUACAACCGAGAUCCUCAAGUCCGUGGUGGCUCGUUUCGACGCUGGGGAGCUGAUCACACAGAGGGAGCUGGUUUCCAGACAAGUGAGCGAAGACCUCACGGAAAGAGCGGCAACGUUCGGCCUCAUCCUGGACGACGUUUCUUUGACACAUCUGACCUUUGGGAAGGAGUUCACAGAAGCUGUAGAAAUGAAACAGGUAGCCCAGCAAGAAGCGGAACGGGCCAGGUUCAUAGUGGAGAAGGCGGAGCAGCAGAAGAAAGCGGCCAUCAUCUCGGCUGAGGGAGAUUCGAAGGCGGCAGAGCUGAUCGCCAACUCUCUGAUCACCGCGGGCGACGGCCUUAUUGAAUUGCGCAAGCUCGAGGCAGCCGAAGACAUCGCUUACCAGCUCUCGAGAUCCCGCAAUAUCACCUACCUGCCUUCAGGACAUUCGAUGCUUCUCCAGCUACCCCAAUAAGGGUCCUCUGUCCCCACCCUUUUUUUCUACUGUCCCUUUGAAAGUAAGAUUAGCCAUGAGUAAUCACUGAAGUUUUUCAAUUUGGGGUUGAUGAAAAAACAUGAAAUAGAAAUUGGAUUGAAAGGCUCGUAAUU